GAGCCACCUUACCACAUCCUAUCCAGACGCAAGAAAUGGGGGCUCGUCAUUUUGGCCUCCUUGGCGGGCUGCUUCUCACCUCUUUCAUCAAACAUCUACUUCCCAGCCAUUGACAGCAUAUCGUCGAGUCUUGGCGUGAGCCUGUCCCUUGUCGCCCUCACGAUCACUGUAUACAUGGUCGUCCAGGGCAUCGCGCCUUCACUCUUCGGCGCCUUCUCGGACACGUAUGGUCGACGCCUCACCUUCGCCAUCAGCCUGACCAUAUAUACAGCUGCAAACUUGGCCCUCGCUUUCACGUCGAGCUUCCCAAUGCUCUUGGUCCUGCGAGGCGUCCAAGCAGCAGGAUCUGCAGCGACCAUCAGUAUUAGUGCCGGCGUCAUUGCGGAUAUUGCCGAUCCGCGAGAGCGUGGAGGAUUCAUGGGGACCAACGCUGGUAUUCGAAUGACUGGUCAAGCAAUCGGGCCUGUCAUUGGAGGUCUUCUCAAUAGCGCAUGGGGAUUUAGAAGCAUCUUCUGGCUGUUGUUUGUCUUUGGAAUGCUUGUCCUCAUGGCAUUGUUGAUCUUCCUACCAGAGACGCAACGCAAGGUCGCGGGCAAUGGUAGUGUUCCCCUCUCAGGUUUCCACAAGCCAUUGAUCUACGUGAUCAAUCCUCCCAAAGCCUGGGGAGAAACCGCCGAAAAGCCGCUACCGAAACGUCGAGAAUCAAUCUCUUUCAAGAAAGCGUUUAGCCCACUGGCCUACAUCCUCGAGAAGGACAUAGCUAUACUCUUGGCCUGGGGCGCUGUGGCCUACACAGCAUGGAGCAUGGUCACAUCAUCGACUACGACGGCUUUGCUGAAAGGAUAUCCAUACCUCAAUGAGUGGCAGAUCGGCCUCUGCUUUUUGCCCAAUGGCUUUGGGUGCGUGGCCGGUUCACUCUGCACCGGUUGGAUGUUGGACAAGAGCUUCAAGAGCGCCGAGGCACGAUAUCGAGCUGAGCAGGGCAUCUACACCGAGCAAGACGUGUCAAAGAAGCACGGAUUCCCUCUUGUACGCGCGCGUCUACGUCUGAUGCCUUACUUUAGCCUCGCUCUCCUGUUCUCCCUGGCCCUAUAUGGACCCAGCUUUGAGUUCAACGACUUGCGACGCCAGUUCAGCGGCAACCUAGCAGCGCCGCUUGGUUUACAGUUUCUCAUUGCCUUUACCGCCACUGCCAUCUUUAACAUCAACUCCACACUGCUCGUCGACUGCUUCCCGGACCGACCAGCCAGUGCGACAGCACUCAACAACUUGUGUCGCUGCCUCCUCGGUGCUGCUGGAGUCAGCGUCAUCCAGCCGAUGAUUGAUGCUGUCAAGAUAAUGAAAGCCUUCUUUAUCGUUACGGGAAUAGUUAUUGUGUGUACUCCUCUGGUCUGGGUGGAAUGGAAAUGGGGCGAAAAAUGGAGGCGAGAACGUGAAGACAAGCUCAGCUUGCAAGAAGAACAAAGAUGA